GAGACCGCGAGGACUCUGGGUUGGGGCUGUUAUCGAGGAACUUGGGAUUGGAAGCCGUGAAUCUGGGAGAUUCUAUCUGGCAACGACCACGGACGACCAACUAUACCACAGGAUUAGGGUCCGGUAACAACCCCAGUGGAUUCCAAUUCGCCUAUGUAGUAUUGGUAUCUGCUGGUUAUACCGCACUCAACAAUGUCUGGCUCGUAUCGAAUGCACAACCCUCGACCACGACCGCCCCCAGCGCCCCUACGUUUCGACGAUUCUACCUCGUAUAGAUCCACGACCACGAUUUUGUCCAACGUCAACCAAGAUUCCUCACAAACCCUCCUUUACGAUCUCCCUUCUCCCACUCCCCCGACGAGCCCCAAGUCGGGUCGCAUCGUCUCUCCUACAUCACCUUCGUUUCAUGGACACCCUAUGUCAGCAAGAAGCGGGAGGCCGACGCCUCCUCCGAGUGGUCGCAUGCGGUCGACCACUCCCCUGGGUUUCGCUCCUAGCGAGUUGGAGCGCUUCGCGGAGUACUGUCGGGCAUGGUAUUUCCACCAGGACGAUAAGGCGGGCACCCUUAUGACGCAAACACUCGCGACUCUACCUCCAUCACAGAAAGCCUCUUUCUCCAGAGUUCAAGCCUCAAUACGAUCAGCAUAUCAUCGCUCGGUCAACAAGCGUCGCCAUGCAGAGUUUCAAGCUCACUUGUCUGCUACACAGCCCGGCGCCUCUUUGAUGGCUCAUGCUAGGGCAGAUCCUCGUGGUGCUGCUGCCCAGAAAGAACGUUACGAGCGUUUCGAACGGUUUAUCAGGAAUUGGUGUACCACAGGGAUGCCUGGGACAAAACCCUUUUUUGAAGCGUAUGUCAUCAUCAACAUCAUGUCAUCUUCGGAGGAGCUCACACCGAUUUAUAGGCUGUGGGCUGUAAUGCGUUUACAAGUCAUUCCUGAGAAUCUGGGCGGGGCGGGUAGGAAUAGAAUCGAAUGGGAAUUCGACGAUGCCGUAUUCAAAGAAGCCGCAGGGAAAGACUUCAUGUUAGAAGCCAUUGACGUUCUGAAAGGAGUUCUUGCUUUCCAAGAAAUCCCUUCAUCCAAGAUACCCUCGCUGAAUAGUUAUCCCAAAGAUGGCAGUCUUUCCCCACUUCACGCUCGCUCGCAAUCACAACCUCUACCUUCUCAUCAGAACCUUCCCCACACCGCGACAGUACAACCGAAGCGAGCUCGAGCACCUAGUGAUCCCUUUUUAGAUACCCCACCCUCCCGCACCAUACCCUCAUCCUCAUCACACCUUCCCGGAGACGCGCCUGCUUCCUACGCGGCUACUUCUCCCGUAGACCGUUGUAGAAGUCCCUUUGCAGGCGACGACGAGUUGGACGAUCCUGACCAAGAGGAGUACAUGCGCAUCUGGACUUCCCCUGACCUAACGGACCCCGAGCUCCUGGAGCUCCUCAAGCUAUUCCCUUCGUUUGUGUCACGGCGUCCUUUACCUCGGUUUCCUGUACAACCUUCGCGACAACCAGACAUAGAAGAAGGAGAAGACGACUCGUUGGAAGGGAAGCAAAUACACUUCGGAACGGGCUCUAUGUGGGUAAGCUCAAAGCCUCGAAGUGACGGCUGGGAUGGGAGCUGGUGGACACGGUUUGUUCUCUGGUGGAAACGGCUAUUCAGUUGCUAGAGUCCACUCCCAACCUUCUUAUUAUCGGGACAGACACAUAGCGCUACUUCUCGAUUCACAUUCGAACUCGGGCAUUGACACAUUACGAUGCCGCAUCUUCUGUUGAGACUGAAACUAUCUAUCAUCUCUUCGGACGCUAUUCAAUGUUCAUACCCCACAUUCAGCUCGUGGUUUGUCAUUUCCGAAUCCUUUUUGUAUUUUUUCGAAAUCUUUG